AUGCUCACUCCUCUGAAGUUGCUCUUUCUCGUUCUCCCCGAGCGGUAUGCACUUCUGCGUGCAUUCUAUGUGUUCGAUGCCCUGGAGAGAGCCGAAAGGGAGUUGAAGACUGCCACCGAGUCGCUCAGUGUGGUGGGCCACCAGUUGGACGCGCUGCGGGCUGUGGUCCAGGAUGGAGAGUCCUGCAUCGCUGCGACAGCGCUUGAGCAGCGGCAGCCAGAGGUGGCAAGCUCGACCGCUUCCAGGGACUCGUCAUCUGGCCGACUCACGCUUUCUGUGUCGGAUCCGCCGGGGCUGCUGCUGCACCAGCACAACCUCCAGAAGCGGAAGAACAAGCAGGCAGCCCAACCACGGUUCCGGCGAGUGAGCAACGUCCAUGCUGCUGCAGCCAGUGGGGACCUUCGCCUGCACGGCAGGUGGAUGGAACUGUCAACGGAAGCAUCCCAGGGUGAAGCUGGAAGAGCAGGACCCAACAAGGCAAGAACUGCUUUUCGAUCGCGGACAGCCACGAUGGAUGACUUGGCAUCUGCAAAUUUGACUAGCAAAUUGCCAAUUCUACACCCGCAAGGUCUCUUCAAACUUUGCUGGGAUCUGCUGGCCCUGACGCUUCUCCUGAACGACUGCAUUCUGCUCCCGAUGUCCCUUGCAUGGGACUUUUCAAUGACGGACGACGGCAUCGGCGGCACGGUUACUGCGGUCAGUUUCUACGUUAGCUUGGUUUUCUGGUCUGCCGAUCUGCCCGUCAACCUAAACACAGCCAUUUACAUACGAGGCCGCUUGGUCAUGCAUCGUCGAAGCAUUCUGUGGCACUACUCGCGGAGCUGGAUGAUGUUUGAUGUGUUCGUACUCUCCCUGGAUUACGGCUACCUCCUCCUGAGCACAGAUGUGGUGUUGCUGCGGUUUGUUCGGAUCUUGCGCGUUGUCCGCCUCGUGCGGAUCGUUAAGCUGUCCAAGCUGAACACCAUCAUCGAAGAGAGCGCGGCCUCAGCCGGCCGGCAGUGGGUGACGUUAGUGGUUGCUAUUACGAAGACGGCGGUUAUGAUGUUGACGACCGCACAUUUCUUGACAUGCGCCUGGUUCUAUAUUGGGCUGAACUUGGGCCCGGAGUUGCCAAGUUUGAGCUGGGUUGAGAUCGCACAGAUAGCAGAGAGACCGGAAACUAGGGGCCUCAAUGCUUCGAGCACGGAUGACGACUGGUCGCCGGCAUACGAAGUAGUAGCCCACUCAGUGCCUGGAUUCAUUCAAUACAUGCAUUCGCUCCGCUGGAUUAUGAAUUCGCCGUCUCCUCCAGAAAUGUCUGCUGGAAGCGGGGUUGAGUGGGGAUUCGACAUCUUGAUUUCGGUGACCACGCUAGUCGUCAUUGGUUCCGCGAUUUCCAAGAUCUCCGGGACCACGGCAGAGCUAAGGGCGAUGAACGAGGAAAGUGACCGACGCAGGCGCGACGUACGGCUUUAUUUGGCCGGACAGUCUGUGUCGUACGAGCUUGUCACCCGAAUCAUGCGGUUCGUAGACUACAAGCUGGAGAAGUUUUCCACCAACACCUUGGAUGCUUCCCUUAUCUCGCCGACUCUACAGCUGGAGCUCUACGUCAGCCAGCGGGCCAACUACGUGAGCAGAAUCCCGAUCUUCGCUCUGCUCCAGGAGUGCUACCCAGACGUGUUCGGAUCGGUCUGUGCGGCUUUGACGAAGAACUUCUUUGAGAAGGGUGAGCCGGUCUUCCAAGCCGGAUCUUACGCCACAAGCUUGCAGUUGACCAGCACAGGUACCUACAGCUACCAAGACCAGAGCAGCUUCCAGACUGAGACCUUGGAGGGGUCUCAUUGGUUUGGCGAGCUUAGCUUGUUCGCAGAGUCGACCAUCCAUCAGAGUACUUUGAUCCCGACCUCCUUUGCCGAAACCUACUCGUUGCACGGCUCCGAAUUGGUGGCGUGCGUCAAGUCUUCGAGGGGAGCUGCGUCAAUGCUCUGCGAGUAUGCGAAGGAUUUCGUUGCGGCAAUGCAGAAGACUGAGUCGAAGCAUGGGGACGAGGACCAGAUACUUCAAGGAGAGAACUGCUGCAAGCAGAACCAGCAGUUCCAGGCCCUCUACCCUGAUCCGAAGAAGCUUUUCAGCAAUAUCAUCGUCCAUGUGGCGGAGACUCAGAGUCCGAAGAAGGACGAGGAAGACCUGCUGGAGCUGGGCGAGGACCUCGUAGCAGCAACAAAGCUACACAAGACGGCAUCGUCUGGCUCUUUGGUACUCAGCCGACUGACUUCUGAGAGCUCCACUCUCACGAAUGGCAGCGGUGCCGCACAUGCACGAGUAGAGUCUACAGCGGAUCCAGGACUCCAGGACUUUGUGAAUACGAUGUUGCACCAAGGCCUCGAUGCAGAGCAGUUGCCCCAUCAGCUCGAGAAGCAUAUUCCAGAGCUGCACCCUGUUUGGAGCCCGCACAACAUCUUCGAACAGGCUGGUGAGAGGGAGAGGGGCUCAUCUUCCUGCAUCAGUGUUCUUGCGCUUGUGAAGAAUCGCUACGACAUCUUCACGGAGCCCCAGGGCAAGAAUGUGAAGUUGAAGCAGUCCCAGUGGGAAGAGCUUCAAGAACUCGUGACCUGGAUUGAGCCUGAUGCGCAGCAGCUGCAAGCCGUACUGGUGCUUUUGGCCAUAAGGGCGCUGGGCAAGUCCAAAGCACUCCUCCAGCAGCUCCCAGUCGAGAGCCGGCGCCCGGAGAGGGCGGUAGUGCAAGUGAUGAAUGGCUACGAGAACGUAGUGCCAUCUUUGCGGUGGCUGACUCAACGGAGCCAGACGUAUGUGGAGGAGGCGCUUUUGACUCACGAGCUCUUCAACCUCGCGCAGAUGUUGCAGGGAGAGAACUGCCCAGCGAACGUGAAGCAACUCCGCGAGCACAUCGAGCUGAAAGGUGAUGCAGUUUUCCGAUUCUACAUCCUGUUCCUGCUGGGUUUCAUGAGUGGUCUUGCUGCUGGCAAUGGGUCCCGCUUUAUGAAUGCAAAGAAUGCUGAUUCUACAAUUGGUGGCAUUCGAAUGCUUCAGCGGCUCAUGAAUGUAAACCCCACCAGCAUCUACUGGGGGUACAUGGGCCUUCGUGCGACGAAACUGAAAUUGCCCUUCGACACUCCAGAGGACAUGGUCCUCAUACGGUUGGCAUGCCUGGCGCGCAUUCAGGAUGAUCGUGGCUAUCAGGCACUGAAGCACUCGUGGGCAGCUCUCGGAGCACGCGAGCGCACCUCAUUGACCGAUCACUUCUUGGCAGAUGGCAUCGAGGAGCCAGCAUGGGUGUUUGAGUUCUUGCCGAACUGCGUGGCGAACGCGCAGGCCAACCCCGUGGUCGGCCUGACAGCCCUUCUGGAUGUUCUGACUGACUUGUUGUACAAUCUUCGCUCCUUCGAUAAGUCAGGAAAGCCCUCGUUGAUGCUUGUGGACCUGUCUGACAUGGGCGAGUUCAUUGCUGCAGUGCAGAACCGCUUUGUAUUUCUGACGUGCAUCUCCAGAAGUCAACUCAGCAUUGAGAAAUCGAGAGUUCGCGUGGAAAUGUCUGGUGGAAACUGGGGAAGAACCACAGAUCCUGACACCGACCUUACAAGCAUUGCGUACACGCUGCAGGACUUGGUGCAAAAACAACAGUUUGUCGAGGAGCGCCUUUCGCAAUGA